AUGGGUUGGCCUUUUCACUUUCUGGAUCUCACCCCCGAUGAGAAGAGCCAUCGUCGGGAGCUCCUCGCCCAAUAUGCCUUCUUGUCGCAAAUAUCGGUAUUGAUCCCGAUCAUUGGCUAUGGAAUCUAUCGGCUGUGUGCAUGGCUCUUUGCAAGGAAAGGGGCAUUCAAUGUCGCGUACUCGGCACUGAGGCAGUUGCCAGGCAGCACCGAAUCAUCCCGAGAGUCCAAGGGGGUGUCAUCCGGGGUGCUUGCCAGUCGAUGGAGGUCAUUGCAGUGGUGGUUGAAUGGAGAAGUAGCUCCAAACUGGGGAUUGAGAGGUCGCUGGAUCGCUGCGAUCGUCUGGACUCUUUGGCUGCUGGUUCUCUGUUUUCUUCAGACUGGCCACGACUACCUACAUGUCACGAAACGCUUUGGCAGUGUUGCCGCAGCCCAGAUGCCUCUUCUAUUUCUCCUUUCCAUGCGCACUCGCUUUUCUCCGCUUGCUAUAAUCUUUGGCGCCUCGCACGAGCAGAUUGUUCAUUGGCAUCAACUUUGUGGCCGAAUCAUUAUGAUCCUCCUGGUCCUCCACGGAAUCUGGUAUAUCAACUACUUUGUUCAAAAUGGGAUUCUCGCGGAUCGUCUACAGCAUCGGCACUCCAUCACGGGACUAAUAUCACUAUUUUUGAUGGCAAUAACCGCAGGCACAAGCCUCGAAAGGGUUCGCCGAUGGAGUUACCGCGUGUUUAUCUACUGCCAUAUCACUAUUGGGUUGGCGAUUUGGCCGAUACUUCUUCUCCAUGCGAAGCCACUCCGGCUUUACGCAGCAGAAGCACUGGCACUGUUCAUUAUUGAUCGAGUGCUCCGAUACCUGGACACAGUCAUUGAACCGGCUACCCUUGAGCAAGUUCCUCAGACAGAGCUGCUGAGGCUCUGGUUCCCCUUGACCUCGGCCAAGCUGGCGCGAUUUCAGGCAAAACCAGGUCAGCACGUCUACUUGUCCAUUCCCUCCAAACUCACCUGCGCUGGUAGCAAAGGCCUGCUUUCCAAUCCCUUCACGGUGUCGGAGGUCACUGCCAGCGAAAUAGCGCUUGUUCUUCGAGCACGAAGUGGUCCUACUACGCAAACACUACGGACUCACGCCGGUCGCUUCAAGACCAACCCUUUGAUCUGUAUAGAGGGCCCUUACGGGGGGUAUUUACCGGUCGCAGAGCUUGCUUCUGGUGCCGACCGUAUCCUCCUCGUGGCAGGAGGUAUCGGAGCGACAUUUAUCCUACCAAUCUAUUGGGCUUUGCAGGAGCAACUGGAGCUGGAGGCUGGGGGUUCGGACCGACUCAAUCUCGUCUGGGCUCUUAGGUCAGCCGCAGAGGCUGACUGGGCUACGGAUUCCGAGAAACAGACAUUCAACCAGAACUCAAAUGUUCAUAUUCACUUGACCCGAAAUCGCUUCACGGGGAAUACCCCGGACAUCGCAGCUCAGGAUGAAGGCACGGAGAUGGACGAAUUACGAGAAUCUGACGACACUAUCGGUGGAGUUAAACCGCUGGCUGGGCGACCUGACCUGAAGUAUAUUGUCGAUGAUACAUUCAGCUAUCAUGCUGAUGAGCGCGUCGCGGUGAUCUUCUGCGGCCCCCGAGGUAUGGGACGCGAGUUAAGGGGUCAUGUCGGCAAAUGGGUUACCAAGGGCCGAGAGGUAACCUGGCAUGAAGAGAGUUUUGGAUGGUAG